GCGUGUUCCUCCUGUACGUGGUGCUAGACCCCGAGAUCCAGUUCCGGACGUCACUGCGGGAACGAACAGAAGAAGAAAGCUAACAAUAACAACACUGUUAGCACCGUUAGCUCGAGUAGAGCCAGUAAUUUCUCUACGGAUUGGAUACACUACGGCAGGUACGCUGGAAUUUUCUGACACCCACUCGGACAUGUCCUAUGUCUUUAUCAACGACUCAUCGCAGACCAGUGUACCUCUGCUCCAGUCGUGCAUCGAUGGAGACCUGGCCUUUGCGAAGAGGCUUCUGGAGACCGGAUGUGAUCCAAACAUCCGUGACAACCGUGGCCGCACAGGUCUGCACCUAGCUGCUGCACGGGGGAACGUGGACAUAUGUCGCCUCCUCCACAAGUUUGGAGCGGAUCUUUUGGCGACGGAUUAUCAAGGGAAUACGGCACUGCAUCUGUGUGGUCACGUGGAUACGAUCCAAUUCCUAGUUUCGAAUGGGCUGAAAAUUGAUAUUUGUAACCACAACGGGUCCACUCCAUUGGUGUUGGCCAAAAGACGUGGCGUCAACAAGGAUGCUAUACGUCUGCUUGAGGGCUUGGAGGAGCAGGAGGUGAAAGGUUUCAACAGAGGAGCUCACUCCAAACUGGAGACCAUGCAGAUGGCUGACAGCGAGAGUGCCAUGGAGAGUCACUCUUUGCUCAACCCAAACCUGCAGAGCAGCGAGGGGGUCCUGUCCAGCUUCAGGACCACUUGGCAAGAGUUUGUGGAGGAUCUGGGCUUCUGGAGGGUCUUGCUGCUGCUGGUGGUCAUUGCUCUGCUCUCACUGGGCAUCGCCUACUACGUCAGCGGGGUCUUGCCUUUCUCUAGCACCCCACUGGAGCCUUUGCACUGAGGCCGGUGGGAUGGAGUGGAGUUUAAGAAAUAAGUUGUCUUCAUUGAUAUCAACCCCAUAUUUCAGUUAACAGAAUUGUUAUCUAUAGUGGUGCAACAAAUGAAAAAUUCUGAAACAUGUAUUCAAAUGAACUUUUCAUCCGUACUGUUUUCUGUUACUCGCUGUAUAUGGCUCAUGUUGUGUGUCCUUAAACCGGUUGUUAUGCUAUUUAUAGAGCUCCUUUAAUCCUCUGAUUCACUCUUGUUCAUACAGUACAUGUGUAUUUUGUAUCCAUUCAUUUUGUUUCUUUGAUAUUAUUGUUAUGCAUCAUAUUUUAUAUAUCAAGUGAAUGCUCUGUCUUGUGCUCACAUUCAGAUCAGAGGUGCACGUCAUUUGUGUGCCUUUUCAAAGGAAAAAUUUGUGAAAGCCUGUAACAACAACAUUCCCUGAAAACGCAUGCUGCUUUGCUGCAUCAAAAUCUCCGUAGUUCUGGUCAUAUUUAAAAACAAUCUGUGGAAAGUUUAGGAUUUUGUAGCAGAUUAAUGACCUCUUGUGUUUUGCAUUGGCCAAGUGAACAACGUUUUUGUUGUUCCUCCACCCUUGAUUUGGUGUAUGAUUAACAAUUGCAGUAUAUUCUGGUGUUAUGUGAGCUGAAUAAAAUUAUGAUUC